AUGUCUUCCAAGGAAAUCGUAAGACAGUUCCUCAACCUCAUUUGCAUCGACAGCGAUGGCAAGUUGGUGCGCCUCGUCGGCUUCCCCUUCGCUCCACCGUCACCGGACGGUGACCAGCAGUUCAAUGUCCUCUCCAAGGACGUCGCCAUCUCCACAAACUCAAAAAUCUCCGCAAGGCUCUACCUCCCUGACCGCAACACUAAACUCCCGAUCCUCACCUACUUCCAUGGCGGCAAAUUCUGCCUCGAGUCCGCCUUCUCAUCACUCACGCUCCUACGUCAACCACCUCAUCGCCAAGGCCAGCAUGGUGGCCAUCUCCAUCGGUUACUGCCUCGCCCUGGAGGCCCCCCUCCCCACCGCGUACGACGAUUGCUGGGCCGCGCUCCAAUGGGUCGCCGCACCGGGCUCACCGACUGCGCGGACUUCAGCCAGCUCUACAUAGGUGGCAACAGCGCCGGGUCAACAUCGCCCACAACGUCGUGA